GGAUCCAGGCAGUGAGGCUGCCCGGCAGAGGAAGGCGACCAAGGCAGCAGCAUGGCUUCAUCGCAAGGGAAGAGUGAGCUGAAAUUCGCAGACUGGAUGGCAACUUUGCCAGAAAGCAUCCACAGCCUCCCCCUCACCAACCUAGCGAUCCCAGGGUCUCAUGACUCCUUUAGCUUCUACAUCGACGAAGCCUCUCCAGUUGGACCUGAACAACCAGAAACUGUCCAGAAUUUUGUCUCCGUAUUUGGGACUGUGGCUAAAAAGUUGAUGAGAAAGUGGUUGGCAACACAGACGAUGAACUUUACUAGCCAGCUGGGUGCUGGUAUACGAUAUUUUGAUCUCAGAAUUUCCACUAAACCCAGAGACCCUGACAAUGAACUUUACUUUGCUCAUGGUUUAUUCAGUGCCAAAGUCAAUGAGGGCCUUGAAGAGAUCAACGCAUUUCUGACUGACCACCAUAAAGAAGUGGUCUUCUUGGACUUCAAUCAUUUCUAUGGGAUGCAGAAAUAUCAUCAUGAGAACCUGGUCCAAAUGCUCAAAGGCACCUUUGGAAAUAAAAUGUGCCCUGCUAUAUUUGCCCAAGAAGUAACUCUCCAGUACCUGUGGGAGAAGGAUUACCAAGUGUUGGUAUUUUAUCACAGUCCAGUGGCUCUUGAGGUACCAUUUCUUUGGCCAGGGCAGAUGAUGCCAGCUCCUUGGGCAAACACAACAGACCCAGAAAAACUGAUUCAGUUUCUUCAGGCAUCAAUCAUUGAGAGAAGAAAGAAGGGCUCCUUUUUUAUAUCUCAAGUGGUGCUGACCCCCAAAGCAAGUACUGUGGUUAAGGGUGUUACUAGUGGACUCAGAGAAAUAAUCACAGAAAGGGCUCUUCCUGCAAUGAUGCAUUGGGUCCAAACUCAGAAACCAGGAGAAAGUGGUAUCAAUAUUAUCACUGCUGAUUUUGUAGAACUUGGUGACUUUAUCAGCACUGUCAUAAAACUCAACUAUAUCCUGGAUGAAGGCGAAGCUGAAACUACUUGAUACUACUGCAAUAUAUUUGUUGUUCAUUGAAUAGAUUUAAAAAGAAAACCCAAUUGUAUUAAAAAAAAAAUCUUGUAACACACAGAUCUUCCUAUAACACUGAAUCUCUGAGGUGUUUAGGGCAGUAGUGGGUGGGCAAAGGGUAAUGUUUUCAUUGGUUAUUAUAAUUUUUUACCUUAAUAAACCCUCAUGUUUUUCAUUUGAAGAGCAAAACAGGAUUUUUUUAGUGGUCGACUAGAGAAAGCCACUUGCACAUUUUCCACAAAGUACCAAAUAUAAUUUCUGUUUCUUACUUCUAAGGUUAUUAAUAGUGCCAAGCAAUUUGCUGUUUGCUGACUGGAGGGACAUAAAAUGCCCUAUGUCUGCACAGGGAAUUCCCACUGACAUGAAUGUUUUGCUGCAGACUGAGGGCAGUAUAUGGCCCUAACUUUUUAAUUCAAUGCACUGCAUCUGUUAGGUGGCUUAACUGAUUACAUUCAUUGGCGGUCAUCAGUUUAUUCGCCUUUGGGGAA